CGCGCAGGCGCCUUUCGGCCUCCUCUCCGGAGCCGCUUUCCCCACUUUUCUCCUGGGGGCCGUCGGCGUUUCCUCUCGCCCGCUGUUUUCUGGGAGCACCGAUCGCGACACUUUGGCUCGUUUCUCGAAGGCCCUGCACGUCCCAGAGAGGCGCAGGCGCAGACCCGCGGGGUCCUCGAGCUGCAGCCCGGAAGUGCUCGCGGCCGGUCCUGGCGGGUCGGUGUGUGAGGGCGGCGUGCGCGGCCGCGUGGGCCAUGGGGCGGCGGUCGCGGGGCCGGCGGCUCCCGCAGCAGCAGCAGCAGCGGCCCGGGAGCGCGGAGGACGGCGCCGAGGGCGGCGGCAAGCGCAAUGAGACGGGCUGGGAAGGCGGGUACCCCGAGAUCGUCAAGGAGAACAAGCUGUUCGAGCACUACUAUCAGGAGCUCAAGAUCGUGCCCGAAGGAGAGUGGGAGCAGUUCAUGGAAGCGCUCAGGGAGCCCCUCCCGGCCACGUUAAGAAUUACUGGCUAUAAAAGCCACGCAAAAGAGAUUCUCCAUUGCUUGAAGAACAAGUAUUUCAAGGAACUGGAGGACUUGGAGGUGGAUGGUCAGAAAGUUGAAGUCCCGCAGCCCCUGAGUUGGUAUCCCGAAGAACUUGCCUGGCACACAAAUUUAAGUCGAAAAAUCUUGAGAAAGUCUCCACAGUUGGAAAAGUUCCACCAGUUUCUGGUUAGCGAAACUGAAUCUGGGAACAUCAGCCGUCAAGAAGCCGUCAGCAUGAUCCCGCCGCUGUUGCUAAACGCCCAGCCCCACCACAAGAUCUUGGAUAUGUGCGCAGCACCUGGCUCGAAGACCACGCAGCUCAUCGAGAUGCUGCACGCCGACAUGACUGUCCCUUUCCCAGAGGGCUUUGUCAUCGCCAAUGACGUGGACAACAAGCGCUGCUACCUGCUGGUGCACCAGGCCAAGCGGCUGAGCAGCCCCUGCAUCAUGGUGGUCAACCACGACGCCGCCUGCCUGCCCCGGCUCCAGAUGGACGUGAACGGGCGCAAGGAGGUCCUCUUCUACGACCGCAUCUUGUGCGACGUCCCUUGCAGCGGGGACGGCACCAUGAGGAAGAACAUCGACGUCUGGAAGAAGUGGACCACCUUGAACAGCUUGCAGCUGCACGGUUUACAGCUCCGGAUCGCAACGCGGGGUGCUGAGCAGCUCGUGGAGGGCGGUAGGAUGGUGUAUUCUACGUGUUCGCUGAACCCCAUCGAGGACGAAGCGGUCAUAGCGUCUCUGCUGGAAAAGAGUGAAGGUGCCUUGGAGCUUGCGGACGUGUCCUCCGAGUUGCCGGGGCUGAAGUGGAUGCCGGGACUCACGCAGUGGAAGGUGAUGACGAGAGACGGGCAGUGGUUCCCGGCGUGGGAUGACGUUCCUCAGGGCAGACACACGCAGAUCCGGCCCACCAUGUUCCCCCCGAAGGACCCCGAGAGCCUACAGGCCAUGCACCUCGAGCGCUGUCUUAGAAUAUUACCACACCAUCAGAACACGGGAGGGUUCUUCGUGGCGGUGUUAGUGAAAAAGUCCCCGAUGCCCUGGAAUCGGCGUCCCCCGAAGCCGCAGGGUGAGCCCUCAGAUCGGAGGGGGCCUGUACAGCCCAGCCCCGAGGACCCCACAGCCCAGAGCCCUCCUGACCCCGCCGUGCUGGGCAGUAAACCGGACGCUGUCAUGAGCGACGCAGAAGCCGUUGAAAGAGCUGAGGGUCUGGAGAAUGACGGGAGCAAGAGGGACGGCGUGUGCGGCCCUCCUCCAUCCAAGAAAAUGAAGUUAUUCGGAUUCAAAGAAGACCCGUUCGUGUUUAUUCCCGAAGACGAUCCAUUAUUUCCUCCCAUCCAGAAAUUCUACGCCUUGGAUCCUUCUUUCCCAAAGAUGAACUUGUUAACUCGAACCACGGAAGGGAAGAAGAGGCAGCUCUACAUGGUGUCCAAGGAGCUGAGAAACGUGCUGCUGAACAACAGCGAGAGGAUGAAGGUUAUCAACACCGGGAUUAAAGUCUGGUGUCGCAACAACAGCGGCGAAGAGUUUGACUGUGCUUUCCGGUUGGCGCAGGAGGGAAUAUAUACAUUGUAUCCAUUCAUUAAUUCAAGAAUUAUCACUGUAUCGAUAGAAGAUGUUAAAAUUCUGUUAACCCAGGAAAACCCAUUUUUUAGAAAACUCAGCAGUGAGACCUACAACCAAGCCAAGGACAUGGCCAAGGGCAGCGUCGUCCUGAAGUACGAGCCGGACCCCACGAAACCAGAUACGCUCCAGUGCCCCAUCGUGUUGUGCGGAUGGCGGGGAAAGGCCUCCAUUCGAACUUUCGUGCCGAAGAACGAACGGCUUCACUAUCUCCGGAUGAUGGGGCUGGAGGUGUUGGCAGAGAAGAAGAAGAAGGAGGGGGCUGUGGCGACAAAUGAGAAUGCGGCCAGCCCCGGGGCGCCGGGGGACGAGGUGGGUGCUGAGCAGGAAGCAGAGCAGCCGGCCAGCCUGGAGCUACCCAUGGCCGGUGACCCAGCCAGUGACCCGGCGGAGGUCCCCAUGGGCAGUGACCCGGCGGAGGUCCCCACGGGCAGUGACCCUGCCAGUGACCCGGCGGAGGUCCCCAUGGGCAGUGACCUGGUGGAGGCUGGCCCGCCCCGGUGAGCAAGCUGCAGGGGCCUCCCCCAAAGCCAGGCCUGCUUCUGACCUGUGUGCUGCCUGUUAAAGGCUGGGGGCUGACAGCGGUGGCCAUGGUCUCUGACGACCCCAGGACUCCCUUCCUGUGGAGCUUAUGGAAGAGUAUUUUUUUAGCUUGUGGGAGAAAUUGCUCAUUUUACAUUGUUUUUUUCUGGCAAGUUGGGUCCGGUGUGCCUGUUGCUGGCAGUGGACUUUCAUGGCUACAGUCGUAUUCUACCGAGAAACGUGACUGCCCUGCGGAAAGUUUCAGGUCCCUUUUGUUAUGCCUUUAUGGGUCUUAAGGUCCAGUACUUCUAAGUAUUAUUUAUAGAGAGAAUCUAUAACUCCUUAGGAAUUGCUGGGAAGCGACCCGCUUUCACGAUGACACGAAGUUGCACGGCGGUGCGACAUUGAUGCGGUGGGGUUAAUAUCUGAGGUCUCAGAUGACGUCUGUGCCUUUGUAAUAAAGGGUAAAAUAAACUUUCUCGGAGUAAGAGCUGUAUCAUGAACUGUAAUGCUAAUGGUGAGGGUUCUGUGCUUUUAGGGGCGCUCUGUGACUUGACUUUUUAAAUGGGGUUUGGGAUCCUUGGAAAGUUUAAAUAAAGCGUUAUUAGUGAAAA